AUGGAUUUUCUCAAAAAAGCCAAGGUGGUACGAUUUCGAAGCCACCACAACAAAUACCUAUUAGCCGAUGACGAUCAAGUGUCGGUGUGGCAGAACCGCGAGGGAACGGUGCAGAACGCGCGGUGGACGGUGGAGUUAAUUAGCGAUAAUCCAAAUGCAUUGCGAUUGAAGAGCUGUUUCGGGAAAUACUUAACGGCGUUAAGCACGCCGUUCAUUCUAGGGAUCAAAUGCAACAAAGUCCUGCAAACCACGCCAAAGAUGUUGGAUCCGAUAGUGGAAUGGGAGCCGGUAAGAGACGGGUUCAAGUGGAAGCUGAAGACGGCGAACGGGCAAUUCUUGCGUGCAAGCGGGUGUUGCGUGCCGCCUUGGAAAGACACGAUCACGCACGACAAUCCGUGUAGAGGUGUGAUGAGAGAUUGGGUUCUGUGGGAUGUGGAAGUUGUGGAGAUUCGUGAACAACAACAACCACAAGAACAAAGGAACGUUGAUAAUGUUAAUGAUAGUGCUAGUUGUUAUAGUACUACUGCAACACAAGAUCCAACAGAACCGGAUCCACAGUCUGUUUCGCGGUCGGAAUCUUCACAAACACAGCCAGACUCUCCAGUCGGCGUUGAUCUUUCUUCAUCCAAAGAUCAUGUAUCGGAUUCGGAUAAAAAAAAUACAUAA